AAUGUAUGACAACGGGUCCUUUGGGCGUCCUGGUUGCAUAGGAACAAAUCGGCACGAGCUUUUUGCGUUGGCAAUACAAACCUGUUUGUCUGAUAUGUUAAAGCAAGGCGGUUACGGAUAAAUGAUACAUUCAGUCGUAGGGACAUCGUUGUAAAACGUGAGUUAAUGCAUGUCUGUUUAAAUAUUUGACUGCGCUAUUUGGUUAUUUGUGAGCGAGCUACAACUAAGACUGGUCGCUUACGCGAUUUAAGUAUAGCGUGUCUUCGCAGGAAAAACUCGUCAAAAUACAAAAAAUGGCUUACAAGCAACCGUUGUGUGUUCUGUUUUCCGACAAUUGAAGACUAGUUCGACUGGCAAGUGAAAUGUCGGCUUUCAAGUGGCAAAAAUAACGUAAAAACGUUCAACCGCGGCAAACCGGUGACGCACGAGCUAGCUAUAGCUAGCGCCGCCGCCGUUAGCUUGCGGAUUUGUCUUGUGGUCUGUCAAAAGAAUCAACCGCCACAAAUGUUGAAAUAAUCGAAGUAGUAGCUACAGAAUACAGUAAGCAACAAGAAACAUGGCUGGUGAUGAAGACGGUAUCCCCGAGUUGGACCAGAAAAAGUACGAUGCGGACGAACAGGUGAAGAUAAUCUGUCUGGGAGACAGCGCCGUUGGUAAAUCUAAGUUGAUGGAGAGGUUUCUCCUGGACGAAUAUCGACCACAGCAGUUGUCAACAUAUGCAUUGACUCUGUACAAACACACCGCCAAGGUGGCCAACAAGACCGUAGCAGUGGAUUUCUGGGACACGGCCGGCCAGGAGAGGUUUCAGAGCAUGCACCCCUCAUACUACCACAAAGCGCACGCAUGCAUCAUGGUUUUUGAUGUCCAGAGAAAGGUCACCUAUAAGAAUCUGGCCAACUGGUACAAGGAACUGAGGGAGUACAGACCCAAGAUCCCCUGUUGCGUGGUGGCCAACAAGAUUGAUGCCGACCUAAAAGUGACACAACGAAGUUUCAACUUUGCCAAGAAGCAGGGACUCCCUUUUUACUUUGUAUCUGCAGCAGAUGGCACUAACGUUGUAAAGAUGUUCAGGGAGAUGAUCAAGAGAGCUGCGGAAUACAAGCAAAACCCUAGUGACUUCAUGGAUGAAGUCAUGCAAGAAUUAGAGAACUUCGAGCUUGAGAAGAAAGAAACUAGCUCGGACGCAGAAGGUGAUGAAGUAAAGAGGGAGGAGAGCCCUGAGUUGCCUUGACAAAGUUUCAUGGGUGAUGUACAUGAUCUUUCCCUUGCCAAUAGAAUGUACUUUUUGUCCUAAUAAUCUCAUCACAGCUGCUACAGCGCAUCUCAAACUUGUGUGUUUUAAUAGUUUGAACAAUAGAUAGAAUGUUUAAGAGCUACAAACCAGUUAUCAUGUCAUGUAAUAUGAAUGUGAACCACUCAGAGCAAAGAAAAUGCAUAUUUUGUGAUUUUUAUGUUUGUGUGCAACACCCAGAGGGAAACAUUUGGAUGUUUUUGGUUUGCCAGCAAUUUCUCAAUGAAAACUCAAUGUACCACGUAAUAAAAUAGUGAUGCAGCAUUUUUCAUAAAUAGCCGCGCAGAAGUUGUAAAGAAUGUAAACUAAACAAAAGUCUAUAUGCUGUAUACGUGACUGUCUUGUUCAGUGUGACUUGCGAAUAAAUCUACUGAGACGCUG